UGAAUUUGUUGCCACUGUCUGAUCAGUCAUCAGCUGCUGACUCAGCCCACUGCCAUCCAAUCUGACACUGCUUUCGUCAUCACAGCAAAUACAAAUUGUACUUUCUCCCCCUAGGUCCCCCUCAUCCGCAACCGCAACCUCCUCCUUCCUCUUAUCUCGCUCGACCUUCUUGACCAUCUCAACCACCCUCCCCCUCCCCCCCUCGUCUGUUGACCACCAAGCCUACCAUCUUCUCAUCUCAUCUCGAUCGAUUCACACCCACUUAUCAUCAAAUCAUCAUGCCAUCCUCACCCUCAUCCUCCAACAACAACCAUCAACAUCAGCAUCAGCAACCCAGGCAGUCCUCAUCAGCCACCCUCCCAGCUACCUCGAUCGCCUCCUCCGCUUCUGUAUUUAGUCGAAUGCCACUAGAAGACGUUCUUGAAGAUCUUGCCUCUCGAUUCAUCCUCAACCUACCCAUCGUCGAACUCUCUCAUAUCGAACGGGUCUGCUUUCAGGUCGAACAAGCUCAUUGGUUCUACGAAGACUUUGUCAGACCCAACAGUCUACUCAACCUACCCUCUUACCAUCUCAAAACAUUCACCGGCCUCUUCUUCGAAAAAUGCGACUUCCUCACCGUCGACGGAGCCCCGCUGGCCGGUUGGGAUCCGAAAACGGCUUACGAAAAGUUUAUGAGAUACAAAGAGAGGGUACCCGUAUGCGGGGCAAUCAUGUUUAACGAAGAUGCCACUCAAGUCUUACUCGUCCGUGGAUUCAAGUCUAACUCAUCUUGGUCAUUCCCGCGGGGUAAGAUUAACGAGAACGAAUUACCGAAGGAUUGUGCGAUCCGAGAAGUUUUAGAGGAGACUGGCUUCAAUAUCGAACCUUAUCUCUCACUCCCCUCAUCCUGGAGUGACGAUAGCAAACUAUCAGCGAUUCGCAAGAUUCGUCCUACCAAUCCUACUCCCAACGGCUCAAACAGUCAAUCUCACAAACCUCAUCAGAAUUGUACUCUUCACUCAGAGGGAGAUGACCAUUUCAUCGAAAUCACGAUUCGUGAACAGAGAUUACGAAUGUACUUAGUCACCGGAAUACCAAACGAUACUAAAUUUGUUACCCAAACUCGACAGGAAAUAGGCAGAAUUGCCUGGAUCCCUCUCUCCGACCUCCCUACAUUCAGUGCAUCCAACGGUACACUCGGGAGCAAACAACUUUCUAAGAUGAUCAAUGUGUCCUGUCCAAGUACGGUUGAAUCACAACGUGCCCAUGCCAAGUUCUACAUGGUUGUACCCUUUGUAAAUGACAUGCGCACGUGGCUUACCAAUAACCAUCUGUUGGCACCCAUCGGCCAGUCUUUACCUACACCACGCGAACACCAUCAAGCUUAUGUCCAGACUAAUCAUCCACCAACCAAUCAGAGCUAUGGUGGUAAUCCUAUCGGCCAUCCACCGAGCCACCAUAUUCGAUUUGAAAAUGAAGCGGCCGCUGUGCAUGAGCGCGUCAGUCGACUUCAGGCUUUCGAUUUCUUCCAGGAGGAACCCUCGUCAACCGAACAAGUCAAUCAAGACAAUCGAUUGAACCCCUCAACCAACAGAAAAAAGAACAGGCGGAAGCAACCCCAACAACCACGCAAACCGCCCAAAGAAGCAAAUCACCAACGAUUAACGGACAAUCCUUCAUACCAUUCUGAUCCUCAAACAAGCACUGAUGAUGAAGAUAUCACUAAAGUGAAUAACGAUACUCCAUGGAACGAUUUGGCAGAAGGCACCAGAGCACUCCAAAACUUUUUCUUUGGCUCCCGAAACGAAGAGCUGGAGGGCGGAGGAGAUCGAUUCGGACUACUCUCCGAUGGUCCAACGGCCCUCUUGGACCUUCAUCUUCGUCACGAUGCCGCCAAUAAUGGGGUAUCCCCUUUGAUCGCUUCUCAGUUACAUGCCACCCCUGAUCGACUGGUUCACUUUUAGUCUGCGGUCUGCUUCUCAUAUCCAAGUUCACUUGUCUACACCUACCUACAUACAACACUUCAACCCCCCCCCCAUUCCUUUUGGCUAACCCCUUUUUUUCUUUCUUCUUGCUGUCCAUCUUUUCUUUUCUCACCCCUCCCUUCUCUCUCUCUCUCUCUCUCUCUCUCUGACACACACACACUCUGUACAACUCGAUCCGAGAAUUUGACUGUUCCUGGUUCCUCAUUUCCACACAUGUAGUACAUCUAGCUGUGAUUCUUUUGACUGUAUUACAAGAUUAUUCGCUGGUUAUGUAAUGUGAAACAGGAUCAAUUAAUCAAUCAAUCAAUCAAUCAAUGAUUACUCACAUAUGAUCAAAUUGUACAACUGUAAUCUGUAGAUAUGUAUAUAGUCUUGCUUUUUUGUUUGUACUUCAAUCUUGGAGAGAUCAAGAAAGCUGUUGUUGUUGCUUUUGAAAGAAUAACAAAAAGAAUCGUUGGGUCAUUGAUACAUA